AUGGGUGAAGUCGGCGCGAAGAUGAAGAAGACGAAGACGGCGACCUUUGAUCCAUUCCAUAGUCUUCUGGGUAUCAUUCACGGAGGAGAAGAGGGUUUGGCGGCCGUGGAGGUUCAAGAUAGGUGCAGCAGAGAGCCUGCGGGUGGUGGUAUACAGCUACAUGUCGACAGACACCAGCAACAUCCUCAGGGAAAUCGCACCAAGGACGGAGUGGUACGCCCGAAAAUAGACCACUUAGGGCAUAUAUUGAAUUAUCUAUUGGCGGCCGUUGACAUCGUACUCCGUACAACCGAAUUGUUAGUCGGGGCGGCGUAUGUUCACAGCAGCUGCCCGGCCCCCGUUAUCUACUGGGAAUAUGUCUUUGAAACAGGCCUAGAAGUUGGUCUAUCUGGCCCGAUGAUGCUGGUAGCCAAGUCUCUACUCGAGGCCACUCUGUUGGUUCAGAAGCUGUCACCAGAGCUAGAAACGUUACUCCGCACUCCAAUCAGUGAAUGA